GGGCAAUUGUGCGUAAAUUGUGUUCUAGCGUGGGAAAUACCCACGCAAAGCAUUUGUAACAUGGAAGAUGAAGGAACAGAAAAUUCCAACCACUCUACUGAAGAAGAAGUUGAAUUUCAAGAGAAAACAGAAGUAAAUAAUACACAAAAAUCUGCAAGUGUUUCAUCACAAGUGCCUUCAACAUCUCAUGCACGUCCAACAAGUCCAACUGCCUUCAAGCCUGCCUCAAAUAAAAGAAGUAAGACUUCUAAACAAAAUAAGACCCAAACAGACCAAUAACCCCACCACUACAAAAAAACAUAGUUACUGUUUUUGGAUGCAUUGGUUUCUCUAUGACAUGAAUUUUCAGAACCCUAACUCAUACCUUCUGUUAUCCACA